AUGGAUUUCGACAUCACAGAAAUCAAACACCAAGCAACAUUCCGGUUCGACCUGGAAUAUGCAACCCAGGAUCCGCUCAACGUCCUCAUGAGCCAAAACCAGAAGGACGUGAUGCAAGAGGAUAUUCUUCGUUGCCCGAGUGGCGCAGCAGCAUCAGCCAAGGUCAUUACGGAGAAUGAACGAAACAUGCCGCACGAUAAGUCUCGGGGUGAAUUCUUACGCCACUGA